AGAGGAUGAGCGCGGCGGGGCGGGGCGGGCGCCGCUGGGCGCGAGUGUCCCGCUGCACCACCUUCAGCGCGAGCCACCGGCUGUACAGUAAACAUCUGGAUGAUGAUGAAAACUUGAAAUUAUUUGGGAAAUGCAGCAAUCCGAACGGCCAUGGACACAAUUACAAAGUUGUGGUGACAGUACAUGGAGAGAUUGAUCCUGUUACAGGAAUGGUUAUGAAUUUGACCGACCUCAAAAAAUAUAUGGAGGAGGCAAUCAUGAAGCCUCUUGAUCAUAAGAAUCUGGAUUUGGAUGUGCCGUACUUUGCAGAUGUCGUAAGCACAACUGAAAAUGUAGCUGUGUGUAUCUGGGAGAACCUGCAGAAAGUAAUUCCUGUGGGAGUGCUUUAUAAAGUAAAAGUGUAUGAAACUGACAAUAAUAUAGUGGUCUACAAAGGAGAAUAGGUCUUAGGAUUUGACACUGUAGAAAGACCAAUUCAGUUUCUUUCCAUUUUACGAAGAUCCUUAUCCCCUUGGAAUAUUAAGCAGUUACCACAUAAUUGUUAUUCCUUUGCUUUGUGCUCCAGAGUGCCUGAUUUACUGAAAUUUAAGACCUGUUAAAUCUAUUUUAAAACAAAACUUUUAAUAUAUCCUCGAUAUCAUUUAGAGAGUCUCUUAUAUGUAGAUUGAAAAUCCCUUCAUUUUUGUGAAAUGUUUUGAUGUGUAAUUAUUUGAAAGCAAAAGAAAUCUAGUUGUCGUUUUCUCUGUUAUUCCUUUUUUUGCAUGUAAUAUAAAUGGUAAAAAUGUUUUAUAACUUAGAGUG